GGACAAAGUGAGUGACAAAUGAAAGAAAAUGAAAGACCAUAAACUACACCAGUGAAUUCACUUUCUCUUUAUGCCAAAAAGCCCUCCCCUCUUUUUUUAAUUUGUGACUUCUCACUUCAUUUUUCAAAAUCCAUAUUUGUUCUAUUAAAUAACUCUAUUAGUAUAUUUGUUUUUACCUCUCUAUUUUCUUGGGAUUUCUGAGUAGCUACUGAAAAAGAGUCAUUCCCUUUUCAGAAAUUUACCUCUACUUCUUUUCUUUCUUCAUCUACAAACAAUGUGUUUUCAUUCAAUUCUUGAUUAAACUUUCCAAAAUCUCCUCUGUUUUUUUGCACUUUCUUGUAAGAAGAAGAAAAAUAAUCCAAUGGCAUGUUCUCAAUUUAUAGUCUUUUGGCAUAGAAAUCUACAGACUAUAAUCUUUUUGUUACUUUUAUUCAUUUCUGGGUUGACACAUGUUAGAUUAACAGCUGAAGGUAGGAGAAUACUCAAAACACAAACUGGUGUUUUUACUCAGAGGAAAAGUGAAGAGAAGAUGAUAAAGAUGAGAUCUUUAAUAGGUUCAAGACCACCAAGAUGUGAAGGAAAAUGUAGAAAUUGUGGACCAUGUGAAGCAGUUCAAGUACCAAUUGUGCCAAAUCUCAAGAAUCAACAAACAUCAAGAAUUCAUCAUCAAUUGAAUGCAUUUCCUAAUUUGUUCUUGGCAUAUUCAAGAGGUGAUGAUAUAUCAAAUUAUAAGCCUAUGUGUUGGAAAUGUAAGUGUGGGAAUUUUUUCUUUAAUCCUUGAUUAAAGAUGGAAGGA